AAGCAACAUGAACAAACACCUCCGCAGCUGUCAACACAGCUCGAGACAGACUCAAGCAUCGUAAAGAACUUGAAUGAUAUGAUUUAAUGACUCGUGUGCAGUGUCUGCAGCGCAGUCCUGUCAGUGAGUGUGAGAUAAUAACGGCUCGCGGAUGAUGAUCUGCACCGGAGACAGUGAUGCGGGGAUCAGUUGUGUCUGGAUCUAAUGUCUUAUAGUGCGUCAAGCUAUAAUUACAAACACUGAGUUCAUAAGGACAGAGCGAAACAUGGACACUUUCCUGGACUUUGAGGAGUGCAUCAGAGACUCUCCUGCGUUCAGGCAGUCUCUGGAUAAAUGUGAGAGUGACGUUGCAGAACUGGAGAGCCGCGUGGAGAAAGUGAUGAAGCUGUGUGGUCAGAUGGUGGAGGCGGGUCAGAACUACACCUCCUGCAAUCAGCUCUUUCUGUCCGGCCUGGCUGAGUUUACAGCGUAUCACAAGAGCGACGGUGUUAUUCUGAAUUGCCUGCGUCAGUUCAACCAGGGCCUGCAGGAAAUGAUCCAGUUUCAGACGAUGCUGUUUGAUCAGACUCAGAGAGCCAUUACCCAGCAGCUCACAAACCUGCUUUCACAAUUUCUGCCGCAUAUUCGCGACACUCGCCGUGAGUUUGUCCGGAUCGGAGAUGAUCUCGAUGCCGCCGUGGUGAAAAGCGCUCAGGUGAGUCGACACAAACCCGUUGACGCUGAGCGAGCGACUCACCUGCUGCUCGCCACGCGCAAAUGCUACCAACACUUCGCCCUGGACUACUGCCUGCAGUUGAAUAAUUUCAAGGUCCAACAGAAGCUGGAUAUUCUGAAUUCGGUCUUCUCGUAUUUUCACGCUCAGUACACGUUUUUCCACCAGGGAUUCGAUUUGCUGAGAGAUCUAGAACCGAGCAUGAAGACGAUGGCCUCACAGCUCUCUCAGCUGGCGUCUGACUGCACUGCCAAGAGGAAAGACCUGGAGAACACACACCUGCUCGUCCAGCAGAGAGACACGUCUGGAGAAGCGGUUAUUGUCUGUAACUUGUCUGACGGAGGAACGAUUCAGGGUUACCUGUUCAAACGCUCGCGCAAGAAGAACAAGACGUGGAAGAGGUGCUGGUUUUACUCUGAAAAUAAUCAGUUAAUCUACUCAAAAUCACACAAGGAGCCGCCAGUGGUUCUGUUCGAUGAUCUCCGUCUGUGUGCUGUGAAAUCUCUGGAUGUGAUCGACCGCCGUUUCUGUUUUGAGCUGCUGUCAGUGCAGAAGUGUUGUGUGUUACAGGCUGAUUCGGAGGAGCUGAAGGUGGCGUGGAUUAACGCUGUUCAGGGCUGUAUAGACAUGGCGUACCGUGAUCAAGUAACAGAACAAAACACUCAGGUGAAGGAGAACUCCGCCCCCGCGCCCGCUCCGGACCCGCCUCCUCACCCCCCCGCUCUGGGCGUGGCUCUCCGUGGCAACGGUAACCAGCGCUGCUGUGACUGUGGGGAGGCGGAGCCUCGCUGGGCCAGCGUUAACCUGGGCAUCACCAUGUGCAUCGAGUGCUCGGGGAUCCACAGGAGUCUCGGCGUACAUCUGUCCAAAGUCCGAUCGCUCACUCUUGAUUCCUGGGAUCCGGAACAGUUAAAGCUGCUGUGCGUUCUGGGUAAUGAAGUCAUUAAUGGCAUUUAUGAGCGUAACCCAGCAGAUGGAGUGCAGAAGCCCAGCGCAGACAGUCCACGGCAGGAUAAAGAACAGUGGAUCCGGUUUAAGUAUGUGGAGAAAAGAUUUGUGACACGUGAUCCUGAUGGUCCUGAUGCUGAAACAGUAAAGCUACGGGACGGUGAGAGGCUGUAUCAGGCGUCGCUAAGCGGUGAUCUUGUUGCCAUGGUGACGACGCUGGCCGAGGGGGCAGAAGUGAACUGGAGUAACCCUGAGCGGGAGGGACGGACGGCUCUGAUUGGUUCAGCCAUCGGGGGCUCGCUGUCGGCGUGCGAGUUUUUGCUGCAGAACGGCGCGAAUGUGAAUCACAGGGAUCAGCACGGACAGGGAGCUCUGCACGCUGCCGCCACCUACGGACACACGGGGCAGGUGUGUCUGCUGCUCAAGAGAGGAGCCAAUCAGUAUGCAGCUGAUGAAAAGGGAAACGAUCCACUCCGUAUCGCCAUUGAAACUGCCCACGCUGACAUUGUCACUUUGUUGAGAAUGGCUCGAAUGAAUGAGGAAAUGAGGGAUUCUGAGGGAUUCUUCGGAUCUGUUGGAGACGAUGAAACAUUCCAGGAUAUUUUCCGUGAUUUCAGUAACAUGGCGUCACACGACCCGGAGAAACUCUCCCGCCGGCAGUUCCUCCGCGGCUCUGAGGAUGAAGAGCGUGAUGAAGAGGUCAAGUGAGGUCACGUGAGGUCAGAGGUCACGCUGCUGCACUAUGGGACAAGG